CCUUCACUCACUUGCAGGAAUAGUUUUUACUUACCUGUUGGCUCUUGCUCUGUUCACGAGACACUCACAUGGAAUGUGCCUACUUACUUUCUUCAACCCCCUUAUUUCUGGACGUUCCAGCCUCACUGCUGUAUGAUCAGAGGCUGUGAAGCUGCAGCUGUCAGGAUUAGUCCUCUGUGAGGACUCGCUGCCGGUGUGUGCAGUAGUAAAGUGCGUGCUUCGGUGCUCGCCUUUCAGGCACCAUCGGAGGUCUCCUCAGCAAAGCAAGAGCUGUGGAUGAUACUUUUCAACCUUCUAGAAACUCAGCUAACUCGUAUAUAUAGUUUUCAAGAAAUGAUCAAGAAAGCAUCAAUAUAUAGCCAUCCCUUAGUUCAUCGCUUAAUGGAUCUCAGAGCUCAAAAAGAGAACAGAGAAGCCGAUGAUGACAGGAAAGUGGUUGCAGAGAUCAUGCAGAGGUGUUUUGUUCCAGCUUUUGUAACAGCCAUCUCCUGGGAGGGAUUUCAUUUCGUUGGUCAUGAGAUUCGGAUUACUGAAGCCAUGGAUUGUUACGGUGCUAUUGUUUGGCCAUCGGCCCUUGUUCUAUGCUAUUUUCUGGAAACAAAUGUAAAGCAGUAUAACAUGGUUGACAAAAAUGUGAUUGAAAUUGGAGCUGGAACAGGGUUAGUCUCCAUCGUGGCGAGUUUACUUGGUGCACACGUGACUGCCACAGAUUUACCUGAGUUACUUGGAAACCUGCAAUAUAAUAUUUCCCAAAACACCAAAAUGAAAUGUAAGCAUUUGCCUCAGGUUAAAGAGCUCUCCUGGGGUGUAGCUUUAGACAAGAACUUUCCCAAGGCUUCCAGCAACUUUGACUACAUCCUGGCGGCCGAUGUUGUCUAUGCUCAUCCAUUUCUGGAAGAACUCCUCAUUACCUUUGACCAUCUGUGCAAAGAAACCACCGUCAUCCUCUGGGUCAUGAAAUUCAGGUUGGAGAAGGAAAAUAAAUUUGUAGAUAGAUUUAAGGAGUUGUUUAACCUGGAGGAGAUUUCCAGUUUCCCUAGCCUGAAUAUUAAGUUGUAUAAAGCUAUGAAGAAAAAUUGGAGGAGUGCAUGAUAUCCUCAGAGGAGGACUUGGAAAGGGAAGGCAAUUUCUAGUGAUUAUUAUUGCUUUAACAAAGAACCUGGAUGAUCUGAUACAGCUGACUUUCCCAAGGGGACACACACACACACACACACACACACACACACACACACACACGUGCACAUGCGCCUUCCCCCAGACAGGGAUUUUCCCAGAUAUAGCACACAGGUGUAUAAGAUGGCAAAGCCAUUCUGUGUGGUAAUUGGUUAGGACAAUGUCUGCUUUCCUUAUCUUUCUAUAGUACCAUUUAUAAUUAUUAUCAUCUUAAUAAAUGGUGCAAUUAUUGUUAAUGUAUAA